AAGAAGGAUCCUUCCUCCAGACCGUACAAAUGUCCUCUCUGCGAAAAAGCGUUUCACCGCUUGGAACACCAGACCAGACACAUCCGGACCCACACUGGCGAAAAACCCCACGCGUGUACAUUUCCUGGCUGCUUCAAGCGGUUUUCAAGAAGCGAUGAGUUGACUCGUCACUUACGGAUUCAUACUAAUCCAAACUCGAGAAGAAACAAAAACUUAAACAAACACAACAUCAACUACACCAACAAUCCGCGCAACAUCAAGCUGGAAGAUCCAGAAACUCCUCCUCUAACAAAGCUUCCCAGCACGAUGAACAUCGAUAUUUUGGCCAGCGCUGCAUCCGAGGAACUCAGCAAAAUCGCCAACCCAUCAAAAUCGCUUCCUUCUCUUACAGACUACUUUGGAAACAGCAUGAACAAAGCGCCAGGCGUCCACUACAACUUCUCCAGUGAUAGAGCCACGUUCCAUCUCAAUGACUCCAAAUCCAGCAACAGUCUCCAGUACUUGUCUAAGCCAUCGCACAACAAGUCUCACAUAAUAGAAGACUCGGACCUUGACUACGUCAAGCUGAGGUUGAAAAAAUCGAGACCUAACAGCCCCAACCCAAAGCCGUUCACCUUACCCAAUUCGCCUGUUCUCGGACUCUCGUCGAAUAACACCCCUAUCAUCUCGGCUAACAACAGUUCGACGAAUUUGUCGUCGUUGUUGAUGACUCCGGCCUUUAGAACUACCAGCAUGGACCACAACUCCACC